UUUUUUUUUUACGUCAGGCUUCCUGGAGCAGCCGCCGGCUGAGUCAGAUUAAGCUAAGGAUGAUCUUUGUUUUAAUUUAUCGUUAAUAAUUUAUUCAGUUAGACAUGCAUGUGAUUAUGACGAUUAGUAAAUCAGUUCACGAGAGGAAUCUUUUAUCGCGGGAGAUCAUGAGCUUUUCCCAUAAACAUCGUAACGUUAGACUAGCUGAAGUUACUGUCCUGUAAUCAGCGUGAUAGCUCUGUAAUUUGAACCAAUCCUUAUUAUUUAAAUAACUGCGAUUAGUAGUCAUUCAUCGUUAUUAAAGUUUGUUCAAACUCCAGGAGCGCUGCAGAUAUGGGAUAACACCAGUAAUCAGAUUAAACGGGUUUAAACGUCACGUUUGUACACGAACUGUUUGCAUGUUGACAUAGAUCAGGUGAGUCAAGAGUGGAAAUAUGGAGGAGGUGGUGAAGAUAUGUGAUCCAUCCAUCCUUCCACUGGAUCAGACAGAUGUUGCAUACUCCGAUAGUGAUGUCCCAUCAGAAAACCAUUGUGUGAAUGAAGAUCACAGGAUGCCUUCAGACCCAGAGGGGCUAUUGGAGUCAGCAGACCCUAAAUCAAUAGAGAACCGCCAGCCACAAGAGCCUUCAACAGAUAUGCAAAAGCUCCACAUUGAUAAAGACCGUUCUCUGUGUGCCGGUGGUUCAGAGACUGAUUCUGGGAAAGCGUCAGAGGACUCUGCACUAGCGGACAUUGGCCAUGAUGACUCGGGUGAGUUUGUCGUAACCAUGUUAGCCCGGCGUCAGAUCGAAGAGCAGGGAUUGGGUAUUGAAGAUGUCUCGUCCCCUUUAUCCGAGACUGGGACACCUCUGGGACCUUCCUCGCACAGGAACGAGGAUGUGACAGCGGAUAGUUGGAGACAGCACAGGAAGCAUGUGUUUGUGCUGAGCGAGGCUGGGAAGCCCAUCUACUCCCGAUAUGGAAGUGAGGAGGCCCUGUCCUCCACCAUGGGAGUGAUGAUGGCCCUGGUGUCCUUCGUUCAAAGUGGAGACAACAUCAUCCGUUCGGUCUACUCCGAUGAGCACACGGUUGUGUUCAUGCAGCUGGGUCCUCUGGUGCUGGUGUCCGUCUCCAGCAGCCGUCAAUCAGAGCAGCAGCUCCGGAACGAACUGCUCUACGUCUACAACCAGAUCAUCAGCAUGCUCACGCAGGCCAGCAUCACCCGCAUCUUCGAGCACAAGAAGAACUAUGACCUGCGUCGUCUGCUGGCCGGCUCGGAGAAGAUUCUCGACGGCCUCCUAAACCUCGUAGAUUCAGACCCCAGCUUCCUACUCUCCGCCGUGCACUGUCUCCCCUUGGCCUCGUCUCUCAGGGACUCCCUCAGUCAGAUUCUCCAGAAGGCCAUCACGCCUAACCUGGUCUUCUCCAUCCUCAUAGCCAAGAACCAGCUGCUCACCAUAGUGCAAGAGAAGAUGGUCAUUGACGAGGCCCGACUGGAGCCUGCUGACCUCCACCUGCUGCUGAACCUCAUCGGGGCCUCGUCUGCCUUCCAGGCUGGGGAGAUCUGGACGCCCAUCUGCCUGCCCAGUUUUAACCCUGACUGUUACUUUUAUGCAUACAUCUCAUAUCUGGACCCUCCUGAAUGCACUGUUUGUCUGGUUCUUCUCUCGACCGAUAAAGAGGCGUUUUAUUCGGUGGCCGGGUGUAAGAGGAAGAUCGAGGAGGCUAUGCAAACGCAGAAUGCGCUCAGCUCCAUAGCGAAAGCUCAUUCGUACAGCGUUAGUCAGGUGGGAGUAUCUGACCUCAGGCAUUUCAUGUACAAGCCUUUUGAUGUGCCCGACAACCAUCGCCAGCUAACACAGUUCACCAGCCCAGAGAUGGAAGCCCCUUACAGCAGUGAGGAGGAGCAGAUGAGACUCCUGGACCUGUACAGAGACAUGCACGGCCGAAUCCACAGCACCUCACGUUCCCUCAAGCUCAUCUACCACGUGGCUGAACGUGAGACUCUGCUGGCCUGGGUCACGAGUAAAUUUGAGUUGUAUACGUGCUUCAGCCCACUUGUCACAAAAACCUGCGCCAUCAAUGCCAUCACUAAACUGCUGCGCUGGAUCAAGAAGGAGGAAGACCGUCUGUUUAUCCGAUACCCUCCAAAAUACUCCACCACCCCCAACCCCAGUAAGAGCUGAAUCGGAUUCUGAUUUCUUGGUCAUUUACAAGAUUCCCUCCAUCAGCCGACCACCUGCAUUGAUUUGCUUUCAGAUGCACACUGACCAGACCAGCUUACAAUGUCACGACACGCAUCUCUGCAUUCGAACUUAACUCAGUUUAGUAAUGUAACGGAGAUGAUUCAACCAAAUGAUUCUAAUCUGCCAUGGGUUAAUAAAUUACAUAAAGCUGCUUUUUUUGUUUGUUUUUUUGACUAUUUGACAGACACAUCUCGGACUGGAUCUAAUUUUAUGUGGAAGAAAAGCGAAUCACAUUUUGUGAAUGUUAUAAACUCUUUUAAUUCCAGAACAGAACACUUUGACCUUUACGUAGCAAGAGGCCCAAUAAAAUGUGGAUUUUCUUCUCCUCAGCUGGUGGCAGUGAACAAUUAUUGAGGCUAUAACUGGAUUGUUUUACUUGAUGGAAAAAUAUUCAUGGACAUUUAAUUGCAUGAAUUAGAUUUUUUAUGGUACAAAAUGAAAAGAUCAAAUUUGGUUAAUGAAGAAGAUGAGCUGUUCAUCAUGGUCUGAACAGCUUGCACUGCACCUUUGUUCAUUGUACUUGUGACUUAUUUGUUUUUGACUUUUUGUCUUAUAUGGUUUUCUACUUGAAACCAAACAGACCAAAUCUUGCUCCAUUUUAAUAAAUGAAAAUAACAUGAUCUGAAACAUCAUAAAAUUAUGUCCUUACUAUGGGAUUAAUGUUCUUUUAUUUUUGUCUUUGUUAGGUUACUGCACGAUACGUGUGGCUUACUGUUGUAUAUAUUGGUUUGUUUGCUGUUUGACAUGCCAGUCAUGAAUUAUGACAUUUAUUCCUAUCUGAUAAUAUCAAAACCACCAAAAUAUGUUAGAUUUAAACCACCGGGCAUAACGGGAAAAUCCUCAUUGUAUGGUUUUUGGAGAACUACAUAAAAAUGUGUAUUCAAGAGGAGUAAUAUAUUGGUGCUGGAAUAAAUCUGAGGUAGCUCAAAGUA